CCAAAAACACCAACCUAUCCGUCGUGACUUGCUUUGAGUAUGCCACGGGUUGAACUUCAUCGUUUCCCCUAUAAAGGCGACAACAGCUGAAGUUCACUUCGAAAUCGUCGCUGACCAUGGCACGCGACUCGCUGGACGCGCCUCCAAUGUCUCGCUUCCGAGCGUUCACGACGGCUCUGGGAUUCAAACCCAGCAACGGGACAGCGCGGUCUUCGUCCGACCAGUCUUCCGCUCCAAGUGUCCCCCAACGACCGGUCAGCACGUCGUCGCUGCGGCCGCUCUACGGCAACUUCACGCUCUAUCUCCGCGUGCAUUCCGCCAGGAAUUUACCAGCCGUGGCUCAAGGCUCCUACUGCAAAUUAUACCUGGGUGAUGAGCCCAUUAUCGGGGGCUUUGGACACGGGAAAUCCCUCGUUGGAGCCGACAAGAACCAAGGCGGCAGCCACCAAACCUACCAUACUAAGGUGCAGAUGAGUGCCACAAGGGAUUGCCCCGAGUGGAACGAAAAGUUCCAGAUGAACGUCAAGAACCCGAACGCCGAGAUAUUAACGAUCCGCGUUAAGAACCACGUUCUCAUAUAUAGUCCGGCAAUUGGUGCGUGUGUCGUCCACUUGCGGCAACUUCAAUUUGGACAAACUAUAGACAAAUGGUUCCCUUUGUACAAGAACGAUAAACCUUGUGGCGAGCUCCGACUGCAAAUCUGUCUACAGGAAAAUGUGCAAUUCACUGUUCCCGAGCGUAGGUAUUCUCAAAGUAGCGAGGAAACGAUUCAGAGACUGAUGCAGGAGCAUCGACAGUUGGAGGAAGCGCAACGACGCGAGUUGGAGUUGCAACAAGAGGAAAAGUGGAGAAAGAUGGAGGAGGACGCCGUUAAACACGCUGGUCUGGAGCAGCAGAUCGAACGAGAGGAGACAUGGAGAGAACAAUGUGCGAGAAAGUUGAACCAGGAACAACAGCAAGAGAAAGAUGACCACGACUUGGGUUCGGAUUUGCCAGCUAGUUUUAAGAAUCGAGGCGUGAAGAAAGAGGAAAAUUCGGACUCGGAGCUACCGUCGAGUUUCAAAUUUCGCGGUUUGAAAGAGGAGGAUGUUGCUACUCAGAAGAUGGAGAAUCUGAACCUGCAUCCAGAUGUGGAGGAUAACAAGCAGCAAGAAGUAACCUUCGGAAUUCCUAGUGGAUAUACCAUUUACGGCAUUGAUUCCGGGCAUACAGCAGUAGUUCCGCCAAGCCGACAGAUCUCAAGUUUCGGAACGAUCCGGUUGUCGGUAGAAGAACUGGAUCAAGUAGCUCACAAUGCCCUACCAACUUCAGAUUCUUCCGAGUCUGCCUCGUCAGAGGACGAGCGUCGUCGCCGUCGUCGCAAAAAACGUCAUGAUAGAAAAAGAAGUCUACGUAAGAAGCAUUCCAAACGGAGAGCGUACAGCAAUGAAUCGUCCGAUGAUAGCUCAAUAUCUCCCCGUAGAUAUCGCAAGGGUUCAUCUAGAUCCAAGAAUGAAGACGUUAAAAAGCGGUCGACACAAAGAUCUGUGUCGUCUAGAAGCGGGUCCAGUAAUGCAAAGCAAACUCGACAGGACCCAGACAUCCCCACGACUUUGACAUUCCCAACAAGCCCAGCAGAUGAACCCUCAUCAACUUCGUCUGAAGAGGAACAUCGUCGCCGACGUCGAGCUGAAAAAGCCAAGAGACGAGAAAAAGAGAGGAGACGCAAAUCUAGACGAAAGCAAACCAAGGCUCGAAGAAACUACGAGAGUAGUUAUUCGUCUUCUUCACUAUCGCCGUCGUCGUCUUCACUUUCGUCGUCGGAAGAGGAACGGCUUCUACGGAAGGUCGAGAAGAAGAAAUCGCGGAAAGCCCGGACUCGCGCUAAGCUUGCGGAAAGCGGCGGCUCGCGUGCUUCAACCCAAUCGUCAGGUAUGCAGUACCAACGCAAGCUUAGCUACGCUGACACGCGUAACAUUGAUUCUGUGUCUCCUUAUGUGACACAGCACUGGGGCUCAGAUGCGAGUGGAACGCAGCGUGAUGAUCAACUGGAUCUGCCUGUGUACAAUGAUUGUGGAUACAACGGUGGUAACCAGGCACCUAAGGAAUUUGCUGCUUCUUUUGCCCCAAGCAAAACACACCAAGUCCACAACAGCUACGGGCCGGAUGGAGUCGGAUUUGAUGAGCCUGAUCAGUCCACAACUCCUCAAUAUCUUGGACAAACCACCAAGGAGCAAACCAACGCGGAGUUGAUGCGCUCUUUUUGCUUUUAAUAAAGUGUUUAAAGCUAUGUGAAGCUUGGAUUUCAAUUUCAGCACGAAUUUUAACUCGUUUUCGAUUGAACCGUGAGCAACAUACCCAAAAAGGUUGACUUAUAUUUCAGUCAGAGUCAGAGC